AUGGAAUUAUAUGAAGAAUUCACAUUUCACUGGUGUCUGCCGUGGUGGAUCCUGUCAGUAUUUCGUCACCAGCAAUCGCACAUUCAAAAUCCUUUAAGGAUAAAAAAGGAUUUUAAUGCGCUGUCCGUUGCGUCUGGUGCGUGGAUCGAAUAA